AUCCUUCAUUUUCAUUUCUGUUUUAGGAGAGACACAUUGGUUUAGUUUCAAUUUUUUUGUACCAUUUAUUUUUAGGGUUUUUUUCCCGUAGCUAGUUUUUUUUUUUUUUUUAUUUGUUUUUUACUUGACCGACGAGGAGACUUGAACAGCAGGAUGAAAGACACAACUCAAUCGGCACCGGCGGGCGUUUUGGUGGCCAAUCUGAGGGCGUGGGAGACCUUCGACUGGCCGUCGGAGCAGCAGCGUUGGAUCCACCGCAGCUGGGGCCAGUACUUUGCGAGGAUGCGGCGGAACAACUCCGCGAAGCGAUAUUUCGACAAGUGCAUCGGUGAGCACGAUGGUGUGGACCACAAGGCCUUCUAUCUGCGCAGCAAGUUCCAGAGAUCGGUGGCCCUCACGCAGGGCGCCUUGGAGGACAGCCUGAGGGCAACGCAGGCGCGGGAUGUGUGGAAUGCGAAUAUAUCCAUGGAGCUGGCCGACGCCCUGUACGAUCUGAAUCGGUUCGAGGAUAACAAGAGUCUGCUGCACAACAAUAUGCGUCGACAUGCGGGCACCGCCCUGAAAGGCUUCGAAAAUCGCCUCUUCGUGGUCGAUGAGAAUUUGAAGGACUGCACGGGCUACAGUUUGGCCAACUUCUUCAUGGAGCACUCAACCCAACUGCCAGGCUUCUACGAACAGAAGCAGGAGGAGCUGCGGAAGGCGGACAAACGACCGUUGUGGAAGAUCCUCAAGGAGCGCGAGGAGUGCGAUGUCCAGAGCACCAUCGAUCGCAAGGCGGAGAUGCUGUCGCCAUUGGAAGAGGAGCGCAGGCGUCGCAAGACGAAGAUCUAUCAUCAGAACUAUCUGGGUCGCAACUGGACCGAUUUCAUCUUCCUGAAAACCCUUCGCCGCAAUCACAACUGCCUGCUGGACCACAAUUUUGGCUCCUCGCCGGCCAGAACCGAGUAUUUGGAGAGUUCGUUCCAGCGGCUCAGGAUCUUCACGAAAAUGCUCCAGGCCCGGAGUCCCAUGUACAAUGAGUACUUCCAGCGAGAUCCACGCAUGGAGGACAGCAUGCGGGCGGCGAACCUGUUCAGGAUUCAGUACCAAACCAGACGCAACAUGUUCAGCAUCCUGCGAACCAUUCGCGUCCUGAGGAAAAAGAAUGAUCUCAAGCGCCUUCGCAAAUUCGUAGAGGACGUGAUGGGCAACUAUGUGGUCAUCAAGACGAACCGCCUGAUGCCCUGGAAGGCGGAGUUCAUGAACGAGGUGUACAAUAACCUGGCCUUGAGCCUGUGCGAAAGCUACCGCCUGCCGCCCACGAGGGUGACGCCCUACGACAAGGGCGCCAUGUGCCACCUGCUCAACAUUCCCACGGCCAAGCCGCUGGAGCACUCGGAGUUCAUCUUCGGGGACCGAUCCACCUACGCCUAUGCUGGUCCCGACAAGCAGAGCACCGACCGACUGGCAGAUCAAAAUAUUUUUGAAUAUCUGGAGAAGCGUCUACUUUUCGCCCGCCUGCCGAUUGAGAGAAGCUACUUGCUCCACGAACUGGCCGACCGGCACAUGCAGAAGAAUCACUUCGUUCAGAGCCUGUCCUUUGCCCAAAAGUCGAUCGACGAGGCCAGGUUAUGCAACAGCCGGAUUUGGGAGUUCCUCAGCACAAUGCUGAUGGCCAAAUCGCAUGCAGUGCUCCACAAGUACGAACGGCAAACGGAGGUCCUCAAUUCCGCCUACGAUCUGGCCACCGAACUGAAGUCACCCCAACUGUGCACCUUCAUCGAGCUGUGCCGCAUGCUGAACAAGGACUACAUAACGCUCCGCAAGAUGUCCCAGUUGGUGACCAGCAAACGCUUGCGCACCAAGAUCUCCAAUAGGUCCAGUUUUUUCACCUCUCCCAACUAUUCGCCCAGGUAUUUCGAGGAUAAGAUUUUGAACAAGGAGGCUGAUAUUUUGACUGCCUGAUUCGGUGGAUUGGAUGUGAGGCAAUGAUCUAUUUUUCACCGCCCUUCAUUCAAUGCAUCGACUUUGGUUAACCAAGAUAGCAGCCUCAAAUACAAAUAUUAAGUAAAGUAAAAAAAAAAAUCUAGAAAGUUGCAUUAAAUUGUAAAAAUAUAACCAGAAGUUACUGUAAUGUGAAAUAGAAUACUUUACAAUGCAACCAAAUCAUUAAAAUAUGUAAAAAUACAAAGAGAAUUAAAUGUAAAGUCUACACAAACUCAAAAAUUUUAUAAAUAUAUGUAUAGAUAAUAAUUAAUAUGAACAGUAUUCAUCAAGC